AUGGAUGAGCAAGAUUCAUCUGGAACUGAAGCAGGAAAACUCAGUGCCUUCAAAAUUGGGAGCAGAUUCUGGGAAAACUCUGUGCAGAAGAUCCUGAGUGAGGAGGACACUCUCUGCUCAGAUGUGCAGAGCCAGCAGUUCAGGCAGUUGUGCCACCAGGAGACUGAAGGACCCCGAGAGCUUUGCAACCGACUCUACCACCUUGACUGUCAGUGGCUGAAGCCAGAAAGGCACACGAAAGCUGAGAUGCUGGACCUGGUGGUCUUGGAGCAGUUCCUGGCUGUUCUUCCACCACAGAUGGAGAGCUGGGUGAGGGAAUGUGGAGCAGAGACCAGUUCCCAGGCAGUGGCCCUGGCCGAAGGAUUCCUCCUGAGUCAGGCAGAGGAGAGGAAGCAGGCAGAGCAGCAGGAAAAGGAUCUGUUUGCAGAAAUGGGCCCGGAUUCCUCUGGGGCAGAGAAGACUCAGCUGAACACCAGAGAGUUGACACUGGGUGACAGAAGGAUCCCAGCAAGACCUCCUCAUUCAUCUUUUCAUUGUGGUGGAGGGGAAACAGUGGCUGUGGAACCAGACCAGGUAGGAAGAAGGAGCAUUGUGGGGAAAGCAGCUGAGGAGUGGGGCAGCCAGGGUGCCUUUGGGCCUAAAUAAACCUCUGUCCUCCUU